GCUGCGCGCGGCAGAUUCGAAGUUCGGGCUGGGCUAGUCGGUCCUUUGGGCAGCUGUGGAGGAAGAGGUGGAAGUGGACUUGGUGGUGGCGCCGGGAGUCAGGCGGCGGCCACGAUCGGACCUGGUACCCGCUGCUCCUGGCAGCGGCGACGGUGCUAUGGACCAGGCCGUGGGCGACCUGAAGCAGGCGCUGCCCUGCGUGCCCGAGACGCCGUCCAUCCAUGUGGAGGUGCACCAGCGGAGAGGCAGCACGGCAAAAAAAGAAGAUAUAAAGCUGAGUGUUAGAAAGCUACUUAACAGACAUAAUAUUGUGUUUGGUGAUUACACGUGGACUGAGUUUGAUGAUCCUUUUCUGACCAGAAAUGUGCAGUCUGUGUCUAUUGUUGACACAGAAUUAAAGGUUAAAGACCCACAGCCCAUCGAUUUGAGUGUAUGCACUAUUGCGCUUCACAUCUUCCACCUAAAUGAAGAUGGCCCCACCAGUGAAAAUUUGGAAGAAGAGACAGAAAAUAUAAUUGCAGCAAAUCAUUGGGUUCUGCCCGCAGCUGAAUUCCAUGGGCUGUGGGACAGCCUGGUGUAUGAUGUGGAAGUCAAAUCUCACCUCCUUGAUUAUGUGAUGACAGCGUUACUGUUUUCAGAUAGGAAUGUUGACAGCAAUCUCAUCACCUGGAACCGGGUGGUGCUGCUUCACGGUCCUCCAGGAACUGGAAAAACAUCCCUGUGUAGAGCGUUGGCCCAGAAAUUGACCAUUCGACUUUCAAGCAGGUACCGGUAUGGCCAACUAAUUGAAAUAAAUAGCCACAGCCUCUUUUCUAAGUGGUUUUCAGAAAGUGGCAAGCUAGUAACUAAGAUGUUCCAGAAGAUCCAGGAUCUGAUUGAUGACAAGGAUGCUCUGGUGUUCGUCCUGAUUGACGAGGUGGAGAGCCUCACAGCUUCCCGCAAUGCCUGCAGGGCAGGCACCGAGCCUUCAGAUGCCAUCCGUGUGGUCAACGCUGUCUUGACCCAAAUCGACCAAAUUAAAAGGCACUCCAACGUGGUAAUACUGACCACUUCCAAUAUCACGGAGAGGAUCGACGUGGCCUUCGUGGACAGGGCUGACAUCAGGCAGUAUAUCGGGCCCCCCUCUGCCGCAGCCAUCUUCAAAAUCUACCUCUCCUGUUUGGAAGAACUGAUGAAGUGUCAGAUCAUAUACCCUCGCCAGCAGCUGCUGACCCUCCGAGAGCUGGAGAUGAUUGGCUUCAUUGAAAACAACGUAUCAAAGUUGAGCCUCCUUUUGAGUGAAAUUUCAAGGAAGAGCGAGGGCCUCAGCGGCCGUGUCUUAAGAAAACUCCCUUUUCUGGCUCAUGCACUGUACAUUCAGGCUCCCACCGUCACCAUCGAGGGCUUCCUCCAGGCCCUGUCUCUGGCGGUGGACAAGCAGUUUGAAGAGAGAGAGAAGCUUUCCUCUUGUGAUUGAUUGAGCGGGGCUCCCCACCUGUGGUUUUCAAAUCAUGAAUGCGAACAGUGAGGUCGCUUCCUCAGAAAUGUGUCAACGUGGCAUAGACCUGCAGGGCCAAGCAUUGUUAAAAGAAAGUGCCAUAUUUAUAUAUUUUAAAAUGCAUGUUAGAGGGCAGGUGGCAUGUCAUUUUCACUGUUUUAAAGGGAGAUAGUUCAGGUUCUGUUAUCUCUUUGUAAAGAACUGUCUAGAUGUGUUUCAUCCUGCUUGGGGUUGAUUGGACACAAAAUGUUUACAAAUUUUGUUUAAAAAUGAUGACUAAUAUAGGUUAG